AUGCGUGUUUCCAAUUCCACGCGGCAGAACUCAAGGGAAGCGUCCGUGGAUUCGACCGAACGAAGUCCUAUGGCACCAGUUCAACCGCCUCGGAAGUGUGAGUUUGACAUUUCGUUACAUUAUUGAUGUUUUUGAAAUUUUUUAAAAACAAGGUAGUCGAUUUUUAAAAACAAGGUAGUAAUUCGGUGUCGUCAUUCGCCCCAAAUUUUUUAGUUUUUAAGUAUUCGAAUAGCUUUUUUUUUGAUUUAAAAAAAAAGUUUUAAAACGAUAUAAAUUUUGAAAUUUUGUUACAUUAUUGAUUUUUUAAAAUUUUGAAUUUUGACAUUUCGUUACAUUAUUGAUUUUUGAAUCUUUUGAAAUUUUUUAGUUUUUUAAGUAUUCUAAUACUUUGUUUUAAACCUCGAAAAGUUAAAACGAUAUAAAAUUUUGACAUUUCGUUACAUUAUUGAAUUCCCAGCUUUUUCAGCCAAGGCAAAAGGAAGGUCGAACAAGCGCUCCUCAAGCUCGAGAAAAACGAAAAAAGCGUCAAAAAUGCUGAAAAGUAAGCCGGCCGGAUCCAAGCCUCGAAGCAGUUCAGACCAGAAUCGAAGUUCAGAGAACAAGUCGCCAGAUCGUCGAAGCCCGUAUCAUAGUCCGGACCCGAAGAAAGGCGAGCGGCGACAACAAGUCACCCGAACACCCAGAUCUAUGGAGAGGCAUAAGGCAAAGUCUGAAAGUGGCAAUGUAAUUUUUUUAAACUUACUUUUUUUACUCUAUCUCUACCUUUGCCUCUACCCCUAACUACCGCUACUCCUGCCUCUACCGCUACUCCUACCCCUACCCUUACCCCUAUCUCUACCCUACCUAUACUUCUACCCCUACUCCUACCCUUACCCCUACGCUUACCUUUACUUUUACCCCUUCUUUUACUCAUUACCCCUACUAUUAUCUUAACCCUACCUCUGUUUCUAUCCCUACUUCUAUUUCUACCCCUAGCCCUUUUGUUAACCCUUUUGCUCUACAAUUACCCCUAUUUUGAAGUAUCUUACUUUACAUAACUUUUUCUUACCAUAGAUUACUACCUUAUCUCAUGCUUCUUUGUCUUGACCAAGACUUCAAAUUUAUAGUUAUAAUACUUGUUUUAGGGACGACAAGGUGACGUUGAAUUUCCAAGACAUAACAAAAGAGAAUCGACUGUCAUGAAGGAUCAUGGCGCACGACAUUGUAAGGUUACUAGGGUAAGGUUUUUUUGAAAAUAUUAUUUUUAGGUAACAUUUUAAACUUUUUUGAAAUUUUUUAAUUUUUUAUGAAAUUUAAAAUUUUUUUUGAAAUUUUAGAUUUUUUGAAUUCAAAAAAUUUUUUUUUUAAUUUUAAAAUGAAAAAAAAAAAUUUUUGAAGUUUUUUAUUAAAUUUAAAAGUUUUUGAAAUCAGAUUUUUUUGAAAUUUUGAUUUUUUUUGAAAUUUUAAAAUUUAAAAAGUUUUAAUUUUGCAGAUCAUGAUAAAAAAUAAAAAAAAUUUCUAGGAAAAGCAACGCCCCCAAAAAAGCGAUGACAAGAAUCAGGACAGUGCGAGUAACGAAGAGACAUCCACCGAAUCCGAGACUACCAGAGCCACCCGGUCCAGUCGAAAAUUCAGAAAAGCCGGUUUAUUGUCGAUGGAGAACGAGGAGGUUGGGAUUCGACGGAAGAGAUCGAAGAGGAAGCGAAAGGACAAAAAGGCAAUCGACGAGAAAACAGAGAAUUCACAGGCCGAGGAGAAGACGGAGAAGGAUGCCGGGGAGGUAAGAUGGUUUACUUUACGAUAGCGGGCUUAUUUUGCUACAAUAAGCAUACCUUAAUCUGCUGUGAACUAUCAUCGCUUAAGUUGGCUUACCUUACCUUACUGUACUCUACCCCACCUUUCCUUUACUUACCCUCCCCUGCCUUAUCCAACCCUAUCUUGCCCUACCCUAUACUACCCUAGUCUAUCCUACUCUACCCUAAAAUUUUACUUUAACUAAAUAUAAUCAGUAAUAGUGUUACGUAUUUUAAGAUGCCGGAAAAGGAAAAGACAAAAGCGACGUGUGCUCGCAAUCUUAUUACUGUAAUGCCUAUAACAAAGAGGAUAACUACGAGGAACGGAAACGUGGCUUUUGGCGGCGAAAUAGGCAAGUAAUUUUAAAUAUUAACAGUGGACCGGGGUUGAUAAACUAGCGGGCCGGUCAUCCGCAGGCCAGGGUAGGGUUAAGGUGCGGCUUGGCGUAGCAAUUCGGUGAAGGCGAGAGUUUUUUUGUAAGAUAGUUAUCGACCGGUCGAUUUUCGUUCUUGAUGAAUUUUUUAUUUUAUGUGUUAAUUUAUUGUUUUGGGCGUAAUAAGCAUGUUUUGCAGCUUUGGAUGAUUCGUUGAAUGUAAAUUUUAAAGUUUUAAAUUAUCGACCGGUCUAUUACACAACGUUGCCUUAAAAAUUGUCAAAAAAACUAUAUAGCUUUGUAGUCCGAUAUAAAUUAUAUAGAAUUUAACUAGUAGUUUCUAACUGCUAAACUAACCGAGUUUUACAGCCUUUGCCGAAUUGCUUCGCCAAUCGAAUGCCGAAAUCAAACUCUUUUUUUUUAUUAUUUUUUAGUAGCCCGGGCCAAGCUAAGAAAAAAAGUUGAACCGGCAAAUAUUUCAAGGAAUUUGGAGGUGCCGGCCGUAAUUUGAUUUUGAAAAUGAAGCUCUUUUUUAGUUUUUACAGCAGCUCUUAUUCGAGCUUUAAUAUGUCUUUAUUCUUACUUUUAACGGUAUUCAAAAUCUUUAUAUAAUUUUAUUAAUUUCUUUGAUUUCAGCGCAGAAGUCCGUGACCAACAACUACGUAAGUUAUUUUUAGAUUUAUUAGUUUUAAAAAUUUUAAUUUUUUUGCGUAUUUUAGAAUGUUUUUGAAGGUUAAUAUAAUAUAAAAUGUAAUUUUAUAAGUUAUUUAUGACAUGCGAAUUUACUUUUUUGUUUAUAAAAAAUAACUGAGUUUGAGCUGUCAUAUUAUCUUAAACUUAAAAAAGAACUAUGUUUUAUAUUCGAUUCAAAAAAUUGAUUUUUAUUUAGUAUAACAUUUAAAUUAUUAAAUUACAAAAACGUUCUUAUGAUUUUAAACUAAUUAAGACUAAAACGAUUUUAGAAUUUUAACUUCACUAUAAACGUUGACCGAGUUGAAAGUGACUUUACCAACUUCCUCAUGCAGCACGGCAUAGUUCCACGAAAGGAGAAGGUAUGUAUGAUAUAUACAUUGUAUUAAAUCUCAGGGUAGGGUAGGGUAGUUGUUUUUGCAAAGUUGCUUUUGACAUUAUUCCCGCCAUGCCCUUGUUUAUUGUUAAACUGUAAAUUUACCUUAAACUUUACAGAUUCCCGAACGGAACUUCAUCCAGAAGCACACUCAGUGGUAUUGGGUCGACUACAAAGCGGCCUGUCGAAUGGUACAUUCACAACUUCCGCCACGAAAGAAUGAAACCAAUGCUCAGAAGAGAACACGUACGCUGUUGAACAACCUAUUGAAUCGGCCUGAUGACGAGUACCUGUCUGCGUUCUACUUAUACGCGGCUAUUGGCUUUAUGUACCAAAAGGACAAGUUUCAGCCAAUGACAGCCAAGCAAUUUUAUAGCACUUACUACAUUGUUGGCGAGUCGGAUCCAGAAGGCGAACAGUAA